UCUAUUUAGUUCUAUACCAUCUAUAUAAGAAGCAGCAGUACUUUAUUUACAAUUAAAUUUAUAAUGGUAAUGUUUUCAAUUUGCUGUAUAAUUGUUGUUACAAAGUAACUGUCACGUAAAAGCCACAACCAAUACUCAAAUAAAUUAUAUAUAAAUUAUAGAAAAACGUAAGCUUAUAAAUAAAACAAGACUUUGGUGCAGUAUCAGGUACAACAUAGCACAACAUGACUCCCAGAACAGCAUUUACUUCAACAAGUAAAAUGGUCACUAUGUUGGAUGCUUCAUCUGAAGGCCAUGGCAUUUUUAAUGACUACAAUGAUUAGCACAAAGUAAUAAAAAGAUGAAAUGAACCUUAAAUGCAGCUCUUUAAUGGUAUGUUGGCUUAUUGCUUUGCAGACAGCAUUCAGAUGGUGUGCUCUUCUGAUUUCCUCUUCAUGAUGGUGUCGUGUAUGGGAUCUCUCUGGGUCAUCCUGUCGCUCAUUUUGACCCUCAUUUCAGGAUUCAGUUUAAUGUCUUCUGCAUGGUACAAGACAGAUACCAUAUCUUUUGGGGUUUUUGUCCAUUGCAUAGGACCAAAAAACAUGCCAUGCAACCAGACCUGCAUUUAUUACAGGACUUUAGAAGAAAUCCCAGACAUAUUUGGGAAGAUUGCCGCUGUGUUGCUGUUUGGGGGAUGGCUGUUGCUGAGUUUUGGAGCAGUGCUGGUUUUAUCUUGGACAAUCAUACCAGUGGGACUCUGUCAAAGAAGGGUGUGCACCCCUGCCAGAUAUGCCCAAAUCUCUGCAGUUGUAGUUACAGUCCUGGGCCUUCUGGUUUUCCCAUUCAAUCUCCAUUCCCAGUUCGCUAGGCAGAUCUGCGGCUCAUCGUUUAUUUACAAGAGCGGAGAUUGCUCUCUUGGUUGGGGGUAUAUGAUGGCCAUUGUCACUGUGAUGCUCUCCUGCUUCCUUCCCUUCAUUGGACGUUACAACUUGAAUGAAAUCAAAACCAAAAUACUGUUGUCUAAAAUGUAAUGAUCUGUGUAGUAAAAAAGAAUGGAAAAUGCAAUACAUAGCAAAUUUUUCUUAUUACCAAUAGUUGUUGUAAAUCCAUCAAAUUUGCCCUUUGAGUCUGCAGUAAAAUAAUAAGCUUAUUGUUCCAGUUAAUUGUUAAAUAUCUCACAUAUUUUUGGGCCGACACAUCUAACGAGAGCUGUAAAGCAGCAAUGAAGAAGGACAAAACAGAGAACAAGGAAAUUAAUUCACUGGAAAUGCCCCAAAAAUGUAAGUAUAUUAACACAAAAUAUAGUUUAACAAAUUUGGGUCCAUUAGAAUGGAAAUAUUCUGUUUACAGUGGACAAUGGAUUAGUUUUCAGUUAGUACAGGAAUAGACUGACAAUCUGUGGGUUCUGGCAAAUGCCAGAGGGGCUGCCACAAGAUGCCAUAUAGAGUCACUAUUUAGUGGGCUGGUGGGGAGAAGAUUGGGCCUCUCUGUACUUGUAAUGACAGGGCCUAUUUUGACUCCCAGUCCAGACCUGUGUUAGUAUAUAUACUGUAGAUCCAGCAUUAUAGGCACUUACUCUGUAGUAAUAUAGGAGCUGAGUCUGAUUGGCCCAUCAGAGUACCAGACGGUAUCCAAUACACACCCCAGGUAAUGGCAAUUUCCAUUCAGAUUUUAUUUAUUUCCACUGUGUGUCAUUUUACACCAUGUACUGUAAUCGAGUGGUGUCAGGUUCUCUGAUUGGCCCCAGCCAACACUGUAUAGAACGUUUAGCUCCAAAACAUUGUCAGUGGCUGACACAGAACAUGAUAUUUCAGGUAUUGCUCUUUUGGUCCAUGUGACCAUUGGGAAUCAGAAAAGAGCUUUUCCCCUUGAGUGGCAGGUAGAGAGGACAGCUUUAGAUGGGAUAAGGGAGGAACUCCACAGACCAUUUAGGUGCGAUCCGACACGAUGCACAAAAACACAGUCGUCAGGUCGGAUGGUGUCGCGACACGACUGCCGGAUGUAGAUGUUGCACGCUGCGUCUGCAUCUGACAGCCGUGCUUCAUCGGAUGAACGAUGCGACUUUAUCUGACAUUUCCAUCUCUUACCUUAUUUCCGUCGCAUCCGACUUGACUUGCCUGCGUUUUUGAGCAGCGCGUUGAAUCGUGCCAAAAUUUCCAGUGGAGUUCCUCCCUUAUUGUUGCCCUCCUCUGCACUGGUUGGAUGUUGGGUGGGCACAGUAAAUGGUUUAACUGGAGGGACAUUUGUCUUUCUACUAUGAAAUGAUUUUUUUUAAAAAUUCUCAUUAAUAGAGUCACUCUUUUUACAAACACACUUACAUUUUGUACUUUGUGCACAUUGCUUUGUUUUGUCACAAGACCAGUGUUGUCUCUUUUGCCGUAUAUAUAAGAAAUGUAUUGUUUAAGGGUUUUGUCAGUAGGUUAAAUCAUGCUUAACGCCAGUCAUAUUAAUAGGGAAAAAAGACCCGUCGUUUUUACUGCAAUGGUAGAAAUGCUUUUUGGUGAGUAGCUUUGGGUUUCAUGUACUGUAACUACAGGUAUGGGACCUGUUAUCCAGAAUGCUCAUGAACCUGGGGAUCUUUCUGUAAUUUGGAUCUUCAUACCUUAA